UCUUCAGAAAAUUGUGUUUUCAGUAACCGGAUAGUCGCUUCUGGAAGUGGACGUUGUAAAUAAAAAGUUGGAACACAAAAGACUUGCAGAUAGUGUAUUGAUUUUUAUUUAUAAUUAUUGUAAUUGAGAAAUUAUGUCUGGAAAAAGUUUAAUUCCUGCUACGGUGAAUCCCGAUUUACAAAAGGAACGUAAUGCAGCCAGUUUCAAAGUUGAAGAUUUCGCAAGUUGGUGGCAUGGUGGAGCUGAAAAAUUAAAAUUCAAGAGAGACGUAGAAAACUACAUGUUUCAGGACUUGAAAGAGGAUGCUGAUUUGUUUCUCUAUAAAUCACAUAAAGAUAUCUACGAACAAUCUAUAAUGGAGUCAAUCGAAGCCGCUAAGAAGUUGAGAAAACUUCAAGAGGAAAGAAAUCCAGGAGGAGAUGAUAUUUGGCCAACCCUCUACUCUUCAAUCCAUGUUGCGGGUGCUAUGAAGGCGGGCAAUCCGUUCGGUGUGCAAUUUGCAAUGGUUGUGAAAGCUUUAAAGCAACAAUCCACAGAUGAGCAAUAUGAAGAAUUUGGAAAGCGGGUAGCAAAUUUCGAAAUUUCAGCCACUUAUGCACAGACCGAACUCGGUCAUGGUACAUUUUUGCGAGGUUUAGAAACCAGAGCGGAUUAUGAUCGUAAAACUGAUGAGUUUAUUUUGAAUACUCCAACCAUAUCAGCAUAUAAAUGGUGGCCUGGUGGAUUGGGCCAUUCUUCGAAUUACUGCAUUGUGGUAGCACAGCUUUAUAUAGACAAUGAUCCGAAAGGUGUACAAAUGUUUUUUGUGCAAGUAAGAGAUGAAGAAACACACAUGCCAUUACCGGGUAUUGACAUUGGUGAUAUAGGUAAAAAAAUGGGUUUCUAUGGAGUAAACAAUGGAUUCUUGGGAUUGAAGAAUGUUAGGAUCCCACGUACAAGAAUGUUAAUGAGAAAUGCUAAAGUACAUCCUGAUGGUACAUUCGUAAAAAGCCCUGCAUCGGUAUUAACCUAUUUUGCUAUGGUUUAUGUGCGUUGUUUGAUUGCUUCCAAUGCUUCAACGCUUAUUUCAAUGGCUGCAACAAUUGCUACACGUUACUCAGCUGUAAGGAGACAAAGUCCAAUAAAUCCUAAUGAACCAGAGCCACAAAUUAUUGAUCAUGUCACUCAGCAGAUGAAACUAUUUCCUGAAAUAGCUACAGGAGUUGCAUAUCGGUUAGCCUCCAAUUAUUUGAUGUCGUUGUAUGUACUCACAUCGAAGGAAAUUGAGGGCGGUGAAUAUGGUCGUUUACCAGAAAUGCAUGCCAUGGCAUGUUCACUGAAAGCUCUAAGUUCUUAUGACUCCACAAAUGGCAUAGAACGUUUACGUUUAGCUUGCGGUGGUCAUGGGUAUUUAACUUCUGCCAAUUUGGGUAAUCUUUUUGUUGGCGCGACUGCAUCUUGUACAUAUGAAGGAGAAAAUACUGUAUUACUUCUACAAGUCGGUAGAUAUUUAAUGAAGUCUUGGCGUAAUGUGAUUUCUGGUAAACCUUUGGCACCAACAACGGCAUAUUUGGCUGAAGCAAACAAAGAUUUUGGAAAUUGGACGGGUAGUUGGGAAAACUUAGUAAAAGCUUUACAGUUUUCUGCAGCUAGAAAAACUAGAACUGCUUACGAGAGUUUAUCUCAACGUUUGAAGUCUGGCCAAACUGAACAUGAAGCAGCGAACAAUACUGGCAUUGAGUUUAUACAGGCAGCAGAGUUACAUGGACGUGCCUUCAUAGCAGAUACUUUCUUAAAACAGUUCCGAAGUCUGCAAGCUAAUUCAGGUUCUGUAUCCUUUAACAAAGUUAUUGAAAAUCUUUUAGAACUAUUUUUGGUACAAACUGUACUUAAGUUCAUGGGAGAUAUUCUAAUGUUCAAACGACUGACGCCUAUCGAGAUAAGUUCUUUACAAACCCGUUUGGAGGAAGUUCUAACAAAAAUACGACCUGAUGCAGUAGCUAUUUGUGAUGGUUUUGAUUAUCGUGAUUGUACAUUGGCUUCAACUUUGGGUUCAUAUGAUGGCAAUGUUUAUGAGCGUCUGUUUGAAGCGGCUAAGAAAAGUCCUCUUAAUCAGCAACCAGUUCCAAAAUCGUUCCAUGAGCACUUAAAACCGUUUAUGAAAUCUAAUCUAUAAAACAUACGAGUACAAAGAUUGUUUGGAAAUGUUGUAUGUAUUUGUUUUAGGUUGUUAUGGGUAAUAAAGUAAUUUUUUGUUAUUUG